CACUGCACCGUGACCUCCCUGCACCCCCUUGGGAAGGUGGAGUGGUUCAAGGGGACAGGGCCAGGCCGGGAGUUAAUCUUCAGCUUCAGAGGAGGAGACCACGUCCCGCAGCCUCGAGUAACAAAGGUUGCAGACGCCACAAAGAGAAACAACACGGACUUUUCCAUCCGCAUCGCUAACAUCACCCCAGCAGACGCCGGUACCUACUACUGUGUGAAGUUCCAGAAAGGGACCCCUAGUGUGGAGUUUAAGUCUGGACCUGGCACCCAGGUCACUGUCAGCGGUGAGUGUGGCGUGGGCCUCCUUUGUCCCCUCCUUGUGAGAACAAGUCAGUAAGGAUGCCCUCUGCUCUCUGAGUAACA